AUGGCGAGGCGGCGCAGAGAUCAGUCUCCAUCGAAUCUCAAACUGAAACAACCUGACCGGUCGGGCCCGACUGAGAAAACGCUGCUGCAGCUCGCCGAAGAGAGAGGGCUGUUCGAGCAGGCGAAAAAGAGGGAGGAUGAAAUCGGGAAAAAAGCUGGCAAAACCGCCAUUUCCAGGCCGGCCGGGGAUGAGGAUGGCGACGAGGCUGGGCUACCGCCUGCCGUCGAGCGUGUGCUCGAGACGUUGCUCUGGGCCGUGAGCUUGGCCAUGCUCCACUUUACCCUCGACGUCCUCGUCCACCACCAGUACUCGAUCGACAGGAUAGUAUGGCCCAAGGUCUGGGCGAGGUUCGGCCAAGCUUUGUUCGUCUUCGGUCUCCUCAUUUACGUCUUCCACCCGCAUGCUGCAAACCCGAGGCUGGUCCCCGGGUUGGCCCCGCGAUUCCAGUCCGCCCUCCGCCAAGCCAUCUUCUUAGCCGCCAGCAUAUCCACCGGCUGCUACCUGAUCCACAUCACCAACACGUCCGGCUACAUGGCCGUCAUGAAGCAAGCCCCCUCGGUCGGCUGCCUCUGGGUGUGGUCUGUCAUUGAACUUGAGCUCCCCUGGGCAGUCUGCAGCCUUGCUGUGGCGGCGGCGUUUCUUUGGCAGAAGGGUUAUAGCAUCAAAUGA